AUGGCGAGUACGCGCUUGUACGACGAAGACGUCGACGGAGAACUGUCACCUCUGAGUCAGGAGCACUCUCGAGAUGAGACUCAUGCCGGCAUCUCAUGGGACUUCUUCUUCAACGACACCCAGCAUUUCGAGUCACUGGACGGCAACUCCAAUACAGCCGACGUGUCUAUGUUGGAUCCUCUCCCUGCCAUGCCUCUUGGCCUCAGCAUAGUGGAAUUCUUGCAACUGUGCGAGGAGGCAUUCUCAAUCACUGCAAAACGGCAGGUCAUAUCUGUUGGUGGCGAUACGUACGAUUUGACGGGUAAUGACGGCGCCUGCGUUGACCUUACCGAGCCGUUGAUGGAUAUCCUGGUGGUUUCCGGCCAAGCUUAUCGUGUCGUUGACCCCGCAGGAGAUUGGAGCGUUGAUCUUACCCAGCCGCUGGAGAAUGUAAUCGUGAUCAAAGGCGCAGCCGUGGCCCGACGCCAAGCAAGCCGCCACAUCGGCAAGCUGCUAUAG